AUGCCGGGUGAAAAGUGUCUGUCGGUGCUCGUAGCGAGCUUGAUCGCAAGAUCUGCGUUGGCCGAGAUCGAAGUUGGCGAUUAUGGAGGCUGGCAAGGAGUCUCCGGGGGCGGAGGUUACGGUGGGGGACACGGCGUGGAAUUAGGACACUUGUCGGGAGGCAUCCACGAUGGCCUGUCUAGUUAUGGUUCCUACGGCUACGGGGGCGGUGGAUUUGACCACGGAUUGCACGGGGGACACGUCCAACACCAUUACGCCCCCGCUGUGCCUGUCAGCGAGCACGUCGAAAUCACCAAGCCCGUGCCGAUUCCUGUAAUCAAAAACAUCGGAGUACCGGUAGCUCAACCGGUAGCGAUACCAGUGCCCCAUCCGGUGGCGGUGGGCGUCCCGCAACCGUAUCCAGUUCACGUGCCCGUCGCGAAGCCGAUCGCGAUCCCCGUGGUAAAGACCAUCGCGGUCCCCGUCGAGAAGAAGGUACCGUUUCCCGUGGAGAAGGUGAUACCGGUCCCGGUGGAGAAACCCGUGCCCAUUCAAAUCGAGAAGCACAUCCCGGUGCCUGUGGAAAAACCCUAUCCGAUUCACAUCCCCGUCUACAAGCACGUGUUCCAUCGGGUGAGGUCCCACGGGCACGGAUGGAGCCACUAA